AUGAAUCUACAAGAAGUGGAAGCAUCAUAUAAUGAAAUAACCUCAUCAGCAUUGAAACUUAUCAUGGAGAUUUCAAUCAAUAAACUGAAGAAUUUUCAAAGUACUUUACAACCAUCAACAGGACCACUUAUAAGAUCAAUAGAGAAUAAAAAUAAUUUAUUAAUGGAUAACUCCAAUAGAUCAACUACAGUUGAUUCAUCUCAACAUAUCUCUUUCAAAAAAACAUCUACUAGUUUUUCACCAAGUAAUCGGUUAUACAGGAUAAUGGUAAUUUUAAAAAUUGCUAAAAAAGCAAGAUCUGUGUUAUUAAACCGAGAAGCACUUAAUACACCACAAACGGAUAAUAAAUCAGUUGAUGUACAAAACAUUUCCUCUUCCGAAAAUGACUCAAACAAUCAUUCAUAUAACACACAACAAUGUGAUCCUGUGAAACAACCUAGAACACCAAAUCUGAGUUCAAUUCAAACAAAAACGCAUUCAGAAUUACGAGUUUUACAUUCAAACAAACAAAAUGAACAAGUGUACCAAUGUGUCUAUGAUUCUGUUCCAAACAACUCUUCAGUAUGCACUAGCAAUAAAAGAGCACUUGAUUCUAAUCCAUCUACUUCGAUACCUGAAAAACGUGCAUUUUUAAAUUUUCGAAGUGAAAAUCCUAUGAAAUGUGAUAAAUCAUCACAUCAAGAUACAUUAAAUGUAAUGUAUAGUUUAACUACUCCAUACAAUACAGGGAAUAUGGAAAAUAGUCAAGUUAAACCAAAAUUUAACCAACAUAACGAUAACGAUGAUGAAUAUGACGAUCCUAAUGAUAAUGUUAUUAUGUAUUCAAAAUCUUACCCCUUGUGCAAAUGUCGAUCAUCAAUCCGAAAUUCUGAAGUAUGUGGUUUAGGAAAUAGUCUAAUCGCAUCAAAUGAAGUAUUAUUACCAAGUACUUCUCUUCAACAAAUGAAUCAUUCAAUGGAUUAUGAAGAAAUUAGUAAUGAUUAUGAACGAGAUAUGUGUAUAUGUCUUUCCAAUUCACCAAAUUCACGACCAUUGAUUACUGGAAUAAUAUGA